AUGGCUGCUUCCGAUAAUUUUCCCGUCUCCUUAUCAUCCCUCCAUUUCCCGUCCGCGGAACAGUCCAUUUCCCAGACACUAUCCUCGCUGCGACGAUCAGCGCUCUCUGUCGCCAAUCGAUUGCAUUCAAUUGAAACCGAUGCUUGUUUUGUGUCCGAGGUUGCAGACCACUAUGACCUCCCUCUCGUCGCCAACGAGCGAUGUGGGAGCUGGUAUAUCCCACCCGAGACCAAGUCAGGCAGUGCCUACUUCAAGAGCACAGACGGCCAUACUGGCCAGUGGGACUUUAGCUUUCGUAGGCUGAACUUGCAGAUUCUCCCAGUGGCUCGGGAGCAUGGGGGAUGCAUCAUUGUGGACUCGACUCGCCGGGGUAAACUGAUGCCCGAUGCCUUGUCCAAAACGGUCCCAAUAUGGUGUGCCGUAAUGAAUCGAGCAUUAUUUCCUUCCGAACCUGCAUACCAUGCCGUGCAAUUACCGCCAAAUUUUCUGGGUCCAUCCGAGGAAUCGCAGAUCGAGCGCCGGAUUGAUGGUUUUGUCCAGUCCCUCAAGGAUCUUAAACUCGAUUUAGAUGACCUCAGGAAGCAGCUGGGGAAGCCCAUUCGGGUGGCAUGGGCCAACCGAACGUACUUCCAUCCAACAGACUUACAUAAAGGAGAUGGGUAUCACCUCUUCGUUCUCUGCUCCGCCUCAAAACGGGUCCAUGGUGCGGAAAUGUCGGAGGGAGGCUAUAUUCAAGGAGCGGGAGAUGACAGUGAGGGCUGGGCCCACGGACUCACCCCGCCAGUGUUUUGGGCAAAUAAAUCUACCCUCUUUCAAACAACAGAGGAAGAUUUACCAGGGGUAAUCCAGGGUUUAGUUGAAGACUACCGCAAAAAAGACACCAGUCAACAGGCCACUCUUAUUACACCCACUCAAAAUCUUUAUAUCAGCCAAACUGAUUCUCGUCUGAAUGACGCGGGUAUCUAUGACUUGGUCAUAGACUGCAAUGGUAACCCAGCCGCCGCGGAAGGAAACCCAAAGCGACUGAAUCUGGGAUGCGGGCCGGGAAAGCUAGGGAGUCGUGAUCUACGGAAACAUCUAGACAGUGUCCAAGCUUUUGUUAGUUCGCAGCUAGCUUCUGAUCCAUCGCGGUCGUUGCUGGUGACAUGUGAGUCUGGGAAGGACCUCUCUGCUGGAGCUUUACUCGCGGUGUUGUGCCUGUUCUACAAUGAUAACGGGAAGUUUACGUCUAAUCAAACCCAGGUAAUCGGAAAGCAAUUCAUCCGGCAGCGUCUUGCUUGGAUAACAUCUGCGAAACACGACGUGAAUCCUUCACGUUCCACCCUUCAAUCUAUCAAUGCAUUCCUAAUGUAG